GGUCCCUUCCGGUGUCAAUUUAGUGGCGGGAAAAGCGGUCCCUUCUAGGGCAGAGUGUUCCGGUCCUGAGUGGUAGCACUUCGCGCAGCGGAUGGAGACGCAGUCCGAGGAGGAAGCCGCUGCCGAGGCCGCGGACUCCAGAGGGGAAGGCGAGCCGCCGCAGGUCGCCGGCGCCCAGGCGCCGCGUCCCGAGGACCGCAUGGCCCUGCUGCUCAGGGUAAGAGCACAGACCAAACAACAACUUUUGGAAUAUAAAUCAAUGGUUGAUGCAAAUGAAGAAAAAACUCCAGAACAAAUCAUGCAGGAAAAGCAAAUUGAAGCUAAAAUUGAAGAACUGGAAAAAGAAAUUGAAGAGGCAAAAAUUGCUUUUGAAAUGAAAAAGCUUGCAUUAGACAGGAUGCAGCUUUCAAGUGCACUUAAAAAACACAUGGAGAAAAUUAACACCAAGACUAGUGUGCUCAUGGAUAACAUGAAACAAAUACUAAGUCUAAAUAAAUCAGUAAUGAAAUCACAGCAGGAAACCCGGGACUUGGAAGACAAAUUGCUUGAUGUUAGAAAGAAGAGAUUGCAGUUAAAACAAGCUUCAGAAAGGAAGCUUUUCGAAAUACAGACUGAAAAGAACAAACAGAAAGAUGAUUUGGGUAGUAUGGAAAAUUCGGGGAAGAUAAAGACCAUACAACAAAACCUGGAGAUGGAGAUACAGAUUACUACAGUUAUUCAACAUGUGUUCCAGAACCUCAUUUUGGGGAGUAAAGCCAACUGGGCAGAGGAUUCUGCCCUUAAGGAAACUGUUCUGCAGCUUGAGAAGAAUCUCACCAUGAUCCAAUAAGAAUUCUGUUUUGACGUAUUUUUGUUUCUGUCUUUAAUGUCAUUUAAAUUGCAAAUUUCAAGUGAAAUGCUUUUCAGUGUUUUUGGAACUGUUCUAAUACUGCAAUUUUUUUUUAGCUUAACAGUGGUACAUGGAAUUUACUGCUUUAAAUAUGAUAAAGUGACUGGCAUAAUCUAAAAGAAUCUGAAAAUGUUAGCCUUGGAAGUGUCCCAAAAGAUAUCUAGUCCAGCUUUCCACUGAAUGUGGACUUUUUUUUUACAACAUUCCUGUAAGUCCCAACUCUCAUUUGGAAUACUUCUCUGUAUUUGUUUGUCAACCAAAAUAUUGGAAAUUUAGAAAAGCAUAUCCACAUCUUUAUUUUUUUCAACUGUCAAUUGUAUUUUAUUCAAAUAAAUCUCAUUUUAGUUCUGUCUCACUAGAGAUUUUCUUUUGCCUUUUUAAAAAAAAUUUGCGAUAUAAUUGAUAUAUAACAUUGUGUAAGUUUAAGAUGUACAACAUGUUGAUUUGACCACCAUGGCAUUAGCUAACACCUCCAUCAUGUUACAUAAUUAUCAUUUCUUUAUCAUGGUGAGAAUAUUUAAGAUUACCCUCUUAGUAACUUUGAAGUAUGUAAUAUAGUAUUGUUAACUAGAAUCACAGUGCUGUACAUUAGAUCUCCAAAAUUUAUUCAUCUUCUAACUGCAAGUUUGUACCCUUUGACCACCAUUUCCCCAGUUCUCUCACUCCCCCUUAUGCAUUUUUAAACAGACACCCAAAUAAAGCACCUCAUGAAAAAGAAAGAAAAAGAAAAACAUAUUCACAAUGUUAACAGUUGUGGUUAUUAUAGAAAAUUUGUGACUUUUUUCUUUUGUAUUUUUAUGUUUAUUGUGUAUUACUUUUCUAAGUUAAAAAAUAAAAAGAAUAAAUAUUAUUCUAUCUUAUUAAAAAAUAGAACUUGCCACCUUUUAUAGAAUCCAAUUCCAGUUUUGGAAAACUAAUUUGAGCUCUUUAUUAAUUGGGAGCUGUUGAUAAUUUUUAUAGACAAUGUAGUGUUUUCAACAUUCUUUUAAGAUGGACUUUAAGGGAUCCCUGCUCAGGGAACUAGAUCCCACAUGCAUGCCUCAACUAACAGUUUGCAUGCUGCAACUAAGGAGCCGGCAAGCCAGAACUAAGGAGCCGGUGCGCUGCAACUAAGGAGCCCACCUGCCUCAACUAAGACCUGGCACAACCAAAUAAAUAAAUAAAUAUUUUUAAAAAAUUGCUCUAGUUGAAAAAGACAUAAUGACGUUUAAAAAGAAAAAGAAGGAAUUUAAACUGGAAAAGAUGCACUGCAGUGGUAAUAGCAUUUGAAAGACCUGGCACAACCAAAUAAAUAAAUAAAUAUUUUUAAAAAAUUGCUCUAGUUGAAAAAGACAUAAUGACGUUUAAAGAAAAAAAGAAGGAAUUUAAACUGGAAAAUAUGCACUGCAGUGGUAAUAGCAUUUGAAAUCUGUUCUUUAGAUCAGUAACAAAAAUAAAGAGAUUUGAAUUCUAGAAACUUUUCUUUGGAA